AGUUCCAAGUAAACCGUCUGGCAGUCAUUCUUCGGUCGCAUUGCCGUGAAAACACGAAUUUCGUCUUAUUGCUUCUUUGUAGACGUACGACACGUAAUCGAAACAAAUGCAAGACUACAGCGAAAAAUUGGAAGAUAUCUACGAUGAGAAACUGGGCAGGCAUCUAGUUGUCAGCUUAAGCAUUGAGGCUGGUGAGACGCUGCUGGAGGAGCAGCCGCUGCUAGUGGCGCCCCAUUGGGAAUGCGAUCAACUGAAGUGCGCUCAAUGCCUGCAGGAAUCGUAUGUGAUAUGUCGCAAGUGCCAAGUGUUUCCGCUGUGCAUGGAUUGCAGCGAGCACGAUGCGUUCGAGUGCGAGUUCUUUGCCAGUGGAGCCGGCAGUGGCAUUAGCAAGGAUCUCCUAAUUAAGAACUAUGGCAUCUGUGCGCUGUUGAAGCUUUUAUUGUUGCUCGAGCAGCCCGAUAAGCGGGUGCAGUGCCAAAUACUGCUGGAAAGGCCGGUUAAGCUGGAGGAUUAUCGUAAUGAGGAGGGGCUCUGGCAGGAGCAUGAGGAGCAUGUGGUGCGUCCCUUAAUGGACAGUGGCUUAGCACAGGCUUUGCCAGAUCAGCAAUUGACAUCGGAUGCUUUGCAUGCUCAUUGCAUACGCAUUGAUAGCAGCGCCUACGAGGUGACCGCAAGGGAUGGAGAUACACUCAAAGGCGUCUAUGUACGCGGAGCCAGUUUACCACACAGCUGUGUGCCUAACACGGUGGUCGCUCUCGACGAGCAAUUCAAUAUGAAGCUAUAUGCUGCUGUGCCUCUCGAGAGUGGGAGCGUCAUUUACACAUCCUAUACGAAUCCACUAAUGGGCACCAGCCAGCGACAGCAUCAGUUGCGAAUGACUCGGCACAUGGAAUGCGCCUGCGCACGUUGCCUAGAUGCCACGGAGUUGGGCACCCACAUGAGCAGCAUGAAGUGUCGGGAUUGCUCUGAUGGCUAUGCUGUUUGCGACUUGGCUGGCACUGGCAAUUGGCGUUGUCUCGAUGUGAGCUGCGGAGCUGUUAUACCAGCUGCCGAUGUGCACGAGCUGCUCGCCGAGGUUGGCGGGGCUCUGGUCGAUGCGAAGGGUGAGCUGAGUGCUUAUGAGUCCCUCCUCACCCAGCACAAGCAGCUGCUGCAUCCCAAUCAUUUCCUCUUGUUGGACAUCAAACAAAAUAUUGCCAGCAUUUUGCGUGCAGCUGCUCUCAUGAAUUCUCUGAAUGAUCCUUGCAAGAAAUUGUUGGCACGUCGCGUGGAGCUCUGUGCUGAUUUGUUGCCCAUUUGUCGAGCCGUUGUACCCGGCAUCUCUAAGCUUUAUGCGAUUGCUCUAUUCGAGUACCUACUGUCCUUUGUGGAACUAAGCGAACUACAGUUCGCUGAAGGCGAUGUAGACAAGAAGGAAUACGCCGCUCAACUGAAGCGUGCCCAAUCGGUGGCUAAGGAAGCACUGGAUUUAUUACAAUUUGAGCCGGAGAAUUCGGCGGAAGGGUUUCUAACUGAACGCAUUGCCAUGGAGCUAGAGCGCAUCGAAUCUGAUCUAAUGAAGUAUGGAAAGCAUUAGAAAUGAGCGUUUCGAAUGGAUUUGAUAGUAGUACAAUAGCUAGAAUACAUAAGUUAGAAAUUCAUUAAUUUCGAAAACAAUGUCAAACCUAAAGUUCCAUAGACAUAUAUCUCCUUUUGCUGAACCGUUUGUU